AUGGCGGGCACUCUCUCCCCGGCGGCCGUGGUGGAUGCUCGUGUGCGCGCCUCCGGAUGCGCCGGGCAGACACAUGUGCGGGCAGCACAAAGCGCAGCGGCUGUUCCAGAACCGAGGGUCAGCGGCGGCGGCAGCGCCUCAUCUCCCGCUCGGUCACCGCCCCGGGACUCUAAUCCCCUCGCCCCCUCGCCGGCCGGCCGGUGCGCAGAGGCCACCAGCCCCCAAGUUCCUGUAAUCGGGCCUCGCCGCCUCCUUUCUCCUCCCCGAAGGAUGUGGGAGUCUCCUCCAGGUCUUUGUGUUCAACUGCAGGCAGAGCUGAAACACACAACAACCAACCGCGGGUUAGGAUGGGCGAGUGACAUCACGGCUGUAGCAACAGCGAAGCCGCGCGCCCCCGCCCCGCCGCCCCCGCCCCGGGGCGCCCCCCAGCCCAGGAGGGAGCUGAUACCGGCGGCCGCACCGGGCCCCUGCCGCCCGCGCCCGGCACUCGGAGGCCGGCGCGGUUCCAGAAAAAGAGCGGCGGAGGCUUCCCACGCGCCGACUCUUCCCGGCGCCUCCCCAUCAGAGAGACCCGCCUCCCGAUCACGCCCGGCCCGGCAUCACUUAAACCCAAACCCAGGAAACACCAGAUGA